CAAACCAGACCCGAUUUGAGAAUAAUUGUAACUUAUUUCGGUGACCCGCUCGAACGGGAAGCCCAAUAGAUCUUUUACUUCUACCGACAGAAAGUAACUGAAUAUACAAGGAAAUAUAACAAUUGUUGGGAUCUGGCUGUCAAUAUUCUUCAUACGAAUGUAAGUUUAGGAUAGUUAAGAUCCAGGUAUAAAUUUGUUACUCCAUUUCAGGGCUAUGGGGUCUUCAGUGUGCCGCGUUUGCCUGGCAAAUUGUGAGAAUAUGAUCAAUAUUUUCGAUGUGAUUGAGGGAAAUCCAAUUUCGACUAUGCUUUCUGAGUGUACCGGAUUUAAAGUUGAGAAAGGUGACCGGUGUCCAGAAAACAUUUGCACAUCCUGCCUGCAGGAUGUAAAAGUUGCGUUUAAGAUGAAGAAAACAUACGAAAGGAGUCGCCAGAUCUACGGCCAGUUAAAUAGGGAUUCAUUGGAGGGCGACAUACUCGAGGAAUCAAACACUAAAGAAGGAGGUCUUGAGUAUGCUAGCCAAGUUAAAGAAGAAAGCGAUGAUCUGCUAUGGAAGGAGGAAUCACAUAGCUACCUUUGCCAAGUGAAGAACGAACCAGUUGAUGAAGACAUGCUUGAGGAGGAGCACAGUCCUUUAUCAGAGGGCAAUAUCAAUCAGUCCGAUAGCCAAGUGAAGGUCGAGGAAUCAAUAUAUGACGGAUCCGAUGAGGACCAUGAUUCUGUUGAUCAUGAAAGUAAGAUAUACAGUCCGAAUAAAUGCCCGCAGUGUCCAAAGACUUGUAUAUCAAAAUCAGAUCUUAAGCGACACUUGCGCAGCCACAUAAGAGAACCAUUUCGGUGCUCCGUUUGCUCAAAGAUUUUUGCAAAUAGAGCGAAUCUUUUAAGGCAUUUCGUUAUCCACGCGGGAGAACGUCCUUUCGAGUGCUCCCGAUGUCCAAAGACGUUCACCCAGGCCGCAAAUCUUCAGAUACACAUGCGACUCCACACAGGAGAACGUCCUUUCCAGUGCUCCCAUUGCUCUAAAACCUAUACUUUAAAUUCACAUCUUCAGGUACACCUUAAAACCCACACGGACGGGCAGUUCCAGUGCUCUCAGUGCUCAGACACGUUUAAUAAUGGAUCAGAUCUUAUGUUACACGAGCGACUGCACGCUAGAGACCAACCACUAAGUUGUACCCACUGCUCAAAGGCUUAUAUAAAGGAGUCGCAUCUUCGGAAACACUUGCUAACCCACCCAGAAGAACAACAUUAUAAGUGUACCCACUGCUCAAAAACUUUCUCAGACGAUUCCGUUUUUCAAAAACACUUACGAACCCACGAAGAGGGCAACAUUGAUCAGUGCGAUAGCCAAAUAAAGAUGCAGACAACAAAAGAUGAUGGAACUGAUGCCAUUAAUAAGGACCACGGUUCUCUUAAUAAUGAAAUGAAUCCUUACAGUCCGCAUAAAUGCACGCAUUGUCCGAAGAUUUGUAUAUCAAAAUCAGAUCUUAAGCGACACUUGCGAAGCCACAAAAGAGAACCGUUCCAGUGCUCCGUUUGCUCUAAGAUUUUUGCGAAUGGUGCUAAUCUUUCAAGGCAUUUCGUUAUCCACACAGGAGAACGGCCUUUCAAGUGCUCCCGAUGUCCAAAGGCGUUCACCCAGGCCGCAAAUCUUCAGAUACACAUGCGACUACACACAGGAGAACGUCCUUUCCAGUGCUCCCUCUGCUCUAAGACCUAUACUUUAAAUUCCCAUCUUCAGGUACACCUUAAAACCCACACGGAAGGGCAGCUCCAGUGUUCUCAGUGCUCAGAAGUGUUUGAAAAUGGAACCGAUCUUAUGUUACACGAGCGACUGCACGCAAAAGACCAACCACUAAGUUGUACCCACUGCUCAAAGGCUUAUAUAAAGGAGUCACAUCUUCGGAAACACCUGCUAACCCACUCAGAAGAACAAAAUUAUAAGUGCGCCCACUGCUCAAAAACUUUCUCAGACGACGCCAUUUUUCAAAAACAUUUACGAACCCACAAAGAAACUCGACCUUUCCAAUGCUCCCUUUGCCCAAAGGCUUUUACAAGUGGUUCCAAUCUUUCAAGGCAUUUCGUUAUCCACACAGGAGAACGGCCUUUCAAGUGCUCCCGAUGUCCAAAGGCGUUUAGGCAAGGCGCAUAUCUUAGGAUACACAUGCGACUCCACACAGGAGAACGCCCAUUCCAGUGCUCCCAUUGCUCUAGGUGUUACACCACGAAUUCGCAUCUUCAAAUACACCUGAAAAAUCACAAAGAAUAAUAAAUUCAAAGCUUCGAGAGGUGAAGCCUUUUUCCUUGCAAAUGCACGUAGGUGCCAACACAGGAUUUCUACGGAAUUGCCUAAACCGCCAAGAUUUGGAAACCUUUUUGGAACUCCCUGCGAUAACAACAAUCGAUAGGUCCACGUAAACAUCGAAUGCACCACCUCCAUGGCGACUCGACGGCCAUUGUCAUCUCUAAAAAAAAGCGAA